UGAAGUUGAUAUUUAAUAGUUAGACCACGUAUUUUGUUUUUUUAAAUCAUUGCAUUUAAUUCGGGGGUGCCUUGUUUUUAUUAAUAUACAUAUAUACAGAAUUCGAGAAUUAUGUUAUAUAUUGAAAGUGGAAGUCAAAGUGCCAAACAUGGAAUCUGCCUCACUACAUACAUGUUGUAGAUGAAUUUCUGACAGCAUCAUUCAAACGUCUACAAUUUAUAAUUGCGAUAAUGAAACGUAAAACCACAACUAAUGAAAUGACUGCAAAAAAACAUCAUUGGUCAGCUAAUUUACUUAAAUCAAUAGAGGAUCCUGAAUGUAAAAUCAGAGAAGAUGAUAAAAUAGUUGUUAUCAAAGAUAAAUAUCCUAAAGCACAAUUCCACUACUUGGUUUUACCAAAGGAGGAUAUUCUCAAUAUAUGGCGGGUCAAGAAAGAGCAUCAAGAUUUGUUAACAUAUAUGCAUGAUGUUGCAUGUGAUCUGAUAAAAGACGAAACUGAUUAUGAAUUCUUCAUGGGUUAUCAUGCGAUGCCAAGCAUGCAGAGGCUGCAUCUACAUGUAAUAAGCACGGAUUUUAAUAGUCCUUGCCUUAAAACUAAAUAUCAUUGGAACUCUUUUACGACGCCGUUCUUUUUACAUUCGCAAGAUGUAUGCCGUCAGUUGCGCAUAGACGGCGAAAUAAAAAAGAUUCCUCAGCAGUUGUGUACAGAUUAUCUGAACACAAAAUUGAAGUGUCACAAAUGCUCGACGCAGCCGAAAAAUAUGCCAGAUUUAAAAAGACAUUUGUUAACACACAUCGGUAAAUGCAAGCCAUGAAAAGCGUGCAAUGUAUAAAUAUGUAAUUUAAAACUUCUAUAUAAUGA